AUGACCAUCCCCCAAACGACCCGCGAGUACCGUCUCCCGAAGGUAGACGGCUUCCAAAACCUCACUCUCGUCGAGGCGCCGAUCCCGAAACUCAAGGCGACCGAGGUGCUCGUGAAGGUGCACGCUGUCUCGCUCCAGUACCGCGACCUCAUCGUCGCCAAGGGCACAUACCCUCUCGGGCAGAAGGAGAACGUCGUGCCCGGCUCGGACCUCGCGGGCGAGAUCGUCGCGCUCGGCUCCGAGGUCGCGCACUGGGCCGUCGGCGACCGCGUCAGCUCGAACUUCGCGACCGACCACGUCUUCGGGGACCCCACCAAGGAGAACAAGGCCACCGGGCUCGGCGGGCCUAUCGACGGAGUCUUGACAGAGUACAAGGUCCUCCCUGCGCACGCGCUCGUGCACAUCCCGGAGCACCUCAGUUACGAGGAAGCGUCCACCCUUCCGUGCGCGGCAGUGACCGCGUACAACGCGCUCCUCAGUCCGAACCCUAUGAAGGGUGGCGACGUCGUGCUCGUCCAGGGCACCGGCGGUGUGUCCAUCUUCGGCCUGCAGCUCGCGGUUGCGUCGGGAGCGAUCGUGAUCGCGACGUCUUCGUCCGAUGAGAAGUUGAAGAUCGCCAAGUCGCUCGGCGCGGCACACACCAUCAACUACAAGACCACACCGAACUGGGAUGAGGAGGCGCUCAAGAUCACGAACGGCCGCGGCGUCGACCAUAUCCUCGAAGUUGGCGGACUGGGAACGCUCAUGAAGUCCGUGAAAGCCGUGCGUUACGGUGGCACCAUCAGCAUCAUCGGCUUCGUGGCUGGGCAAGCCGACGUGAGCUCUCUGCCUGUCCAGGUGCUCAGCAAAGGGGUGAUCGUCCGCGGAAUCCUCAUCGGCUCCCGCACCCAGUAUGAGGAUAUGAACCGUCUGAUCACAGCCGCGAAGCUGAAGCCGGUCGUCGACAAGGUAUUUGCGUUCGAGGACUUGCGCAAGGCGUACGAAUACCAGGAUAGUCAACAGCACGUCGGCAAGGUCGUCGUCAAGGUCUCGACAGACUGAAUCGCCACGUGGCCAUCGCAAAGUUGAUGUCCAACUGCAGAUUAACGAACUGAGUCCA